AUGUCCUCUUCAGAAGCAUGUACGGUUGGAUUGCGCAGAGACGAGGAGGUGAAGCCCCAAUUUCUAGGACUCAUGGCUCACCUGUCGACAGCGAAGUCUUGCCUGUGGUAUAGGAAGGGCAAGAACAAGGAUCUUUGGUCCAACCUUCCUGAGCUGGAGGAGCACGUCGUUGACGAAGAGGCACAGUCUCCUGAAGACAUGGACGUUGACCCACCGGAGGACCUUCGAGAUGCUUUAGAGAACAGGGACCUAUUUAGGUUUGUGUUCCCAGACUCCGCGGUAACGGAACCUUGCACACAGAAUGAGAGCGAGGCUUCGUCCUCUACUCGCCCGGCUGCUCAGCCUAUUCUCGGGCCGUUCCAAUUCCAGCGCUGGACGAUGACGAGGACGCCCGGGUAG